AUGAUUCAAAUUCGUGAAGCACACGCCAGUGAUGUUUGGCCUAUUGGUAAUAUUGUAAAUGUUAAAGAGCAUCGUACAUUAGAAGAACGGUUGACAGCUGCACGUAAUAUGGUUGAAGCUACUCAUCUUAAGAUUUCUGUAUUAGCAGAUACAAUGGAUAACACUUUCUUAAAGUUAUAUUCACCUUGGCCAUUCCGAUUCUUUGUAAUUAUGGAUGGUAAUUUUAAACUUGUCGGAAUGCCAAAGGAAGCACGUUAUGAUACAACGGAUCUAGUCAACUGCUUAGAUGCUCUUUUGGAUGAAAAAUCACCCGAGUCU